UAAAAGCAUCUUACGUCAGUUGAAAUGGCACCGAAAACCAGUGGAAAGGCCGCCAAAAAAUCCGGCAAGGCGCAGAAAAGCAUUGUGAAGGGAGACAAGAAGAAGCGUAAGCAACGCCGGAAGGAAAGCUACGCCAUCUACAUCUACAAGGUAUUGAAACAAGUCCACCCGGACACCGGUGUCUCAUCCAAGGCCAUGAGCAUCAUGAACAGCUUUGUUAAUGACAUUUUCGAACGCAUUGCUAACGAGGCUUCUCGUCUGGCGCAUUACAACAAACGCUCGACGAUCACUUCCCGCGAGGUUCAAACCGCCGUCCGUUUGCUGCUGCCGGGAGAGUUGGCUAAACACGCCGUCUCAGAAGGCACCAAAGCCGUCACCAAGUAUACCAGCUCCAAGUAAAUUAUACUGACCAUUGCAUUCAAAAACCCGGCCCUUUUUAGGGCCAUCAGAACAUUAGCGAAGAAUUGAAUUAAAUCUUCUACGUCAUAAGUCCUAUACAAAAGAUGAGGAUUCUGUUUAAUACUAUUGAGCAUUUUUGUCUGUAAGGUUAGGUGAAUUUUCACUAU